CGUCCAAUGCCCACGACCAGCAAGGACAGCAAUGGCAUCUUAGGACACGAAAGGCGCACGAGUAACGGCAGAGUAAUAAUGUGAACAGAUAUUACCACUGAUAAACAAUACGCAGCGGCAGAUGCGCAGGCGCAGACGCAAUAACCCCCAUCCCGAUUUCUUAACUUCAAUCAAAACAACCUCAAGACAUGUCGCAUGAUGCAUCAUGGCCACCAGUGUCGCCUCACGCCGCGCUUCUGAGCUCUCCCAGCGGACGCAAGAAAUACGAAGCAUACAAAAAUUCCUCAUCACCGAUCAAGCGAUCAGCAACAACACCAAGCCUUGUCGAUAGACUGCGAGCGGUUCGUAAAGGCCACGACGUACCAGUGGAAGGCAUCGAGAUUCAAGACGAGGCAGACGACGAUGAAGAGACACUACAACUGCAGCUGGCUGCCAUUGAAGCCAAGCUGAAAUUGAAGAAGUUGCAACAAAAGAAGGCCCGAGCUGGCACUCCAGACAGAACUUCCUCCCGACCCAAUUCGUCGCAUGGUCCUAAUUCUACCAUUUCCAAGUCUAUGUUCGGGUACCAAGAGCCUACACUACCGCCUCCGCGUGUUGAAGUACCGAAAUCGCCGAUGAGGCGACCGGCACCUGUGUCACAGCCUAAGUCACCAUCUCGAGUCCUGCUAGGGAUUGAUAAAGGUGUCAGGGGCACCGAUAUCUCUCUCCGUAGGGCGAAAUCUGUCACCAGCAACGCCCACCAUAGAAGCAAUCUCUCAUCCACUGAGCCCUUACGACCAGCGGUAUUUGGAUCAGCUCGCACAGGCAUUUCCACAGAGAGCAGAAAGACCUUCAGCGAGCGGAUGAGCGAAGCCCGCGAUCGAGAGAAGAGCCACGAACAGAGGCGCGAAAACAAGAAUCGUCAACGUAGCAAAGGCUUCGAAUUAGAUGGAGCAGAACUCGAGAAGUACCGUCUCCUCGCUGCAGAACCGGCGCAAUCAACCACUCCACCCGCUGAACCAGGAUAUACUCGUGAACAAAUCAUCCAUGGGACCGCCGAGGCAAAUACCGCCACACGACCUCUUGAGAAGAGUCGCACCAUGCCCGACCUACACGAUUCUAGGUCAUCUUCACAAGAUAGCAACAAUCUGAGCGCUCCGGUCGGAGAUGCCUCUUUAUUCGAAGGCUUCUCCGGCUUGCAUCUCUCCUCGCGUGUCCUCCCUCAUUCCUUCCUCAAACGAACCCUUCCAACCGAUCGAUUCACAAUCUACCGUGUUCCCGAUCUCCUCAAGAAUAUCACCUCUCCUUCGUUCGACCUCCCGGACUCGGUGUGCGACUAUGUCGUCUUCGGCGUGAUCGCCAGCAAGUCUUCGCCCAUGGACCAGAAAAAGGCUCCUCCAGACACCAAGACUACCAGCACCAAGGACUGGGAACGCCAAUGGGAAGACGGGUCGCAGAACUCGCGGCGCUUCAUGGUCUUCACGCUCACUGAUCUCAAAUGGAGCAUCGACUUAUAUCUCUUCGGCACGGCCGUACCACGUUACCACCGCCUCACGCCCGGAACUGUGGUCGCCAUUCUCAAUCCAGGCAUCAUGCCACCGAAGUCUGGUAAGACCGACACCGGUGCAUUCAGUCUGAAUCUGGGCAAUGGCGAUGAAACGGUUCUCGAAAUCGGUACGGCUCGUGAUCUAGGGUACUGCAAGACCACGAAAAAGGAUGGAAAACCGUGCGGCAGCUGGCUCAACGCGUCCAAGACAGAAAUCUGCGAAUGGCAUCUCAAUGCCCAACUCGAAAAGACGAGGGCGAAGCGUAUGGGCGUGAAUACUGGCACGAAUGGCUUCGGCGAGACCGGUUCGCGCAAGGCGUUCGACAAGUCUGGCGGCAGAGAUGGGCUGCUUCCCAAGGAUGGGCACAAAUUCGAUAGAUAUACCGGAUCCCAUUUCUACAUUGCCACGUCGAACGCUAGUGCAGCUACAGGUACAGGUGGAAGUGCUCACCGUGGUGGCAUGUUCGACGGCGGUCCAUCUAUCCCUGAGGGAAACCUGUCUCGCGACCGUGAGGCACGUGUGCGAAAACACAUGGUCGCGCGACAGAAGGAACGUGAAAUCGCCGAGAAAUUGGGCGCUGCAGGGCAUGGGCAGGGGUUUGGAGUUGGCAGUGCUGGUGCGGAAUAUCUCAAACUACAGGUCAAGACUGGAGAUACACAAAGAGCUGGCACAGGUACUGCCACGGCCAAGGGCGAGCGUACGUCCAGGGUUAUGGAUGAGGAGCGCACGACAGCAUCGCAGGUCACUGCUAGCAUCUUGUCUGGCGCGCCGUCGAGUGCACUCAGAGGUAAUGGCAAUGGACGGAAACGUACGGCGGAAGAUGUACGAUUGUCUCCAGUGAAAAAGACUCGGUUCGUUACGGAAAGAGGUAUUCGCGAAGCAGGCAGAGAAAGCUUGGGCGUCGCGGUAGGACGUCGACGUACUGAUGAGAGUGAUGACGACUUGGAAAUUGUAUGAUAUGCAACUAAUGAAUAGAUUUAUUAUGUCCGCUUGUAUGCCAAUCUUGGAUCUGCAG